UUUUGCUGUAUUUCUCCUUUGUGCUCAUUGUCCCAAUGACCUCGACCUAACUGUACAGUUAGAUGUUGAGUGUGUGUCUCUGCUGAUCUGAGCUUUGCCGUGCAUCGGGAACCUGCAUCUUCCCUGAAGCAUCUCCAGGGCCUGGAUGACUACUCUCCCUGGUGAGGACCCCACAAGGAUGUGCUGAUGGAUGGGCUAAGGAUGAAGGACACUCAAAGGGAGGCUCAGAGAGGGAGGUAUGUGCCCUGGCUCUCCCUCACCUGGAAGGGGCAUCUCUGGUAUGGUUUGCUGCUCUGAUCUGUAAACAAGAGUCAGGCUCUUGAGAAGAGGCAGUUCCCCUUCCUGUGGGGCUGCUGAUGUAACGGUUUUGUGACAAGAACGACCAGCCUCUGAGUUGCCACAGCCUGUGCAUCCAUCUGUCUUGCUGGACACAGUUGUCUCCUCCAUCUUCACAGCCAGGGCCAGAGGGAGUGAAUGCCAUGGUCCCCACCCUCACGGCUCUACUCUACCUCGGACUGAGUGUGGGCCUGGGAACCCCAGAGGAGGCAGGGACCCUCCCCAAACCCACCAUCUGGGCUGAGCCAGGUUCUGUGAUCCCCUGGGGCACGCCCAUGUCCGUCUGGUGUCAGGGGAUCCCGGGGGCCCAGGAGUACCGUCUGGAAAAAGCAGGAAGCCUAGAGUUCUGGGGCAAACAGAACCCACUGGUAUCUGGGGACAAGGCCAAGUUCUCCAUCUUACACAUGACAGAGACAUAUGCAGGGAGAUAUGAGUGUUACUAUCUCAGCCCCACUGGCUGGUCAGAGCGCAGUGACCCCCUGGAGCUGGUGGUGACAGGAGUCUAUGAAAAUCCCACCCUCUCAGCCCUGCAGAGCCCUGUGGUGACCUCAGGAGGGAACGUCACCCUCCAGUGUGUCUCACGGCUGGGAUUUGGCAGGUUUGUUCUGACCAAGGAAGGAGAACACAAGCCCUCCUGCACCCUGGACUCACAGCGACAUCCCAGUGGGCAUUUCCAGGCCCUGUUCAGUGUGGGGCCCAUGACCCCCAGUCACAAGUGGAUUUUCAGAUGCUAUGGCUAUUACAGGAACUCCCCCCAGCGGUGGUCACACCCCAGUGACCCUGUGGAGCUCCUGGUCUCAGGAACCUCUGUGGAUCCCAGUCCCUCACCCACUGAACAAAGCCUGACAGCUGGUCUUGAAAGCUACCAGAAAGUUCUGAUUGGGGUGUCAGUAGCCUGUGUAUUGCUGCUUUCCCUCCUCCUCUUCCUCCUUGUCCGACAAUUGCGCCAGAACAAAUGCAGCAAGUCAGGUACUCCAGAUCCUAGAGCUAAGACCAGAGCCUCACAGAAAAGCUCCAGCUCCAGGGCUCAUGUCCAGCAGAAGAACCAGUGUAACUGGGGAGGAGAUACUGCCAUGAGAGAUUGCCAGCCUGAGGAGGACAAAGAGGUGGACAGUGUGCAUAGCCCUGACAAUGAAGACCCCCAGGGAGUGAUACAUGCCCAGGUGAACCACUCGAGUCUCAGGAGGCCUGUGGACACCCUGCCUUCCCCCUCGUCAGAGAGAUUGCUGGACACGAAGGACAGACAAGAGGAAGGGGACAGUCAGGCUGCUGCAUCAGAAGACUCCCAGGAUGUGACCUACGCCCAGCUGAACAGUUUGAAUCUUGGACAGGAGUCAACCACACCUCCUUCCUCCCAAUCAGAGUGUCCCCCAGCAGAGCCCAGUGUGUACGCAGCUCUGGCCGUCCACUAGCCCCAGGAAGGACCCAGACACCAUCCUCCAAGGAGGGAGACUGCGGGGCCCCCAAAAGGCAGUGAGGCUGCCCCCAUGGACACUAAGCUAAUGAACUGGAGCCUGGGGACCUUUUGUAAGCAAGAAGGACAUCCUUGGACUUUAGAAGUCACCAAAUUCUGUAGAUGAAUAUAAAUAUUAGCUCUCUAUUUUUAGAAAUAAAGCAAUAUACUUCUAAAUAACCAAUGACUAAGAGAAGACAACCACAAAUGAAGAUAUAACUUUUUCUUUUGCUUAAAUGAUAAUGUAAAUCCUAUACAUCAACACAUACUUGUACUUAAAGGUAAUGCAAGUGUUGCGUAUCAAGAUCUAAUGAGAAAAUUAAAUGCCUCUAUGAAAUUAUUAGAAAAAGAAGAAAGCCUGAACAUGAGCAACCUAGGUGAACACUUGAAGUGAUUAGAAAAAAAGAGCAGCAAAUUCAUCCCAAGACAGUGGAUGAAAGAAUAUAAUAAAAAGAACAAAUAUUUAU